ACGUCAGAAACUAGAAGCCGUCACACAGUUCGUCAGCUGAAAGAAGCUAUUGUGUGUGCGAUUUCAUGAAAAUUAACACUUUUAAUAGUGAUUCUUAGGUUUAUAACAAAUUAAAUCUGCAGGAAAAGUUUUCAUUGCGUUAGUUUUCGGUUUUGUGUAGUACCAGUUUGUGCAGGCUGCCGAGAAGAGAGCUAGGAAUGGAUCCUGCUCAGGGUAAACUAAGGCAACCAAACUUGGCCGACACUUCCACCAGCGAUGAGGAACGGUUCGAAGAUGCUUCCAGCAAGGAAUUCAACGAAAAAACCGUGGACGAAGUAGUCGAGCAGGUAACCGGAGUAAGUGUAGGAAUUCCGCCACAGACCAACACAUCGACCUCGUCGGAGCAGACGGAAAAGUUUGACGACUGCCGGAGUGAUCCCGGAAGCGAUGAGGAAGCGCAUGCAAAAACCGACCAUAAAAACGAAGACGAUUUCAUCGAUGAUGAAUCACAGCGUGAUUUGGAAAAAGGACUGACCGAGGAGGAAAAGUUGAUCAACAAAGCAAAAGCAGAUGAACUUAAGACGCAGGGGAAUGAUUUGUUCAAACAGGGAGACUUUGCGAAGUCGGCCACCAUCUACACGGAGGCAUUGCGGAUUUGUCCCGUCGAAUGUUCGGCCGAGCGAUCGAUCCUUUACGCUAAUCGAGCGGCAGCAAAAACGAAGCUAAACUUUAAGCCUUCUGCUAUCGACGAUUGCACCAAGGCAAUUGAGCACAAUCCAAAGUACCUGAAGGCACUGCUCAGUAUUAUCGAAUCCACUUCCAGACGUGCCACCCUGUACGAAGAGGCGGACAAACUAGACGAGAGUCUGGAGGACUUUAAAAAGAUCCUAGAACUGGACCCGGGCAACGUGGAGGCAAAAGCGGCUCAACUGCGGUUGCCACCAAAAAUCCAGGAAAGGAACGAACGCCUGAAGGAAGAAAUGGUUGGCAAACUGAAGGACCUAGGCAAUAUGAUACUGCGACCGUUCGGACUGUCGACGCAGAACUUUGAGAUGAAGCAGGACCCAGCGUCCGGGUCGUAUUCAAUUAACUUCAAAAGUGGCAAAUAGUUUUUGGUUUAGCUUUCGCAUCGAUGUGUGAGUGUGUUUGUGUGCGUGAGUUGAUUAAAACGUUGCUGUUGAUUUUAGAGUCGAGAAAUAAACGAUUAUUACGAAUUAGAA